AAAUAAUUUUGUCACUUGUUGCGAAACUCAGGCACGAAUAUGAGUCCGCCGAUUCCUCCCUCGUCUUGUUUGAUGAAAGUGAGAAUAACUUUUGCUGUCAUCGGGAUCUUAGUUGGCGUGUCAGUUCUAGCUGUAUUUGGAGCCAAGUACCACAAUUGGAAUGUGGCGAUAUGGGGACUAAUGUCAGGACUAGUUGCCUCUGUGGUGCUAUUUAUACACAUUGCCUACACAAAGAACUACUGGGAAGUCAAUCCGUAUCCACUGAAGCAAUUAAUGCUGGCGGGCUGCUUUGUUCAGCUGGCUGGAGUAUGUGGAUUUGUCACAUAUCUCACUUUAGCCAUUCUCAAUGAACAAGGACUGAUUAUAGAAGGUCCAGGAUUUUACUUGACUUGUGUCUGGUGUUUCAUGACCUGGAAAUGGGGAUUCCUCAUGCUUUAUUUCUCUCGGUCCUACAAACGUUUGUACCAACAAACUUAUUCCCUACUUCAUAAAACUGAUGACAGUGUAAACAGUCGCCAUAAUUAUUCCUAGCAUAGCUAAUUGACCUUUAUCCAACAUUUUGUGAGACUGUUGUUCUGUAUUUGUAAUAUCACAUGUUCUGUAUAUAUAAUGUCACUCGCUCUGUCUGUGUGUCACAUGUUCUGUACUUUGCAUUACUCUCUGCUUUCAGGCCUGUACUUGAGUGAAGGCCGAUAUAGUACCCAGAUAGAUGACAAGUAGAAAGGACAGUGAAAUUUAUAUUGAUUUGUUACUGAUGUCCUACUGUUGAUUCAUUCUUGAAAAUUUAUAUUGUUGUUACCAAUUGAAAAAAUGGUCAUUACCUAACAUUGUGUCCACGUGUUUUAAUAUUCACAGUACUAUUCAAGUACGCUGUACAUGUAUAUUGUUAUUAACAUAUCAAAUCAUGGGCAUUUUUCAAAUUGCAUUUUUCAAUGAAUGUACUGUUACAAAACCUAUGAACAAACCAUACAUGAUUUACAUGUAUAUUGAUGCCAGUGAACUGUGAUAUUUUUUAUUGUACUUAGCUGGUAUAAAUUGUUUAAUUCUUGGCAUUAAUUAUUGUUGUGGAAUUUUUAAAUAAAAUUUUAGUACAAAAAUGUU